AGGCAGGCCCGCCUGCCCCCAGAGCACGUGCAGAGGGCUUUUUUUCGAAUCCCACGAGCCUCUCCUUGGGGGCGGGGGGAGGUGGGCAACUCAGGGAAGGCUUGGCUGGGCUGUCGUGCCGCCUCACGGGAUUUCCUGGUGGUCUCCCAUCCUUUCCUGUUCUUCCCUGCCACAACAAUCCUGCGAGGCAAAGGGUGCUGAGAGAGCUUCCCGGUCCUGGUCCAGCUGCUGCAGUAGUGGCCGGCCGUCGCCUUUUCAGUCCUGGGAUCUCCUGGUGGUCUGCCAUCCGUGCAGUAGCCAGGCCCAAAUUCGUCUCUGGGGAGUCCAGUCCACCUCUGGAUGACUUUGUGAACGCGUCCAGGCCUCCCUGUUGCCUUCUGCCUGUGAUCUCCUGGUGGUCCCCCACUCUUAGACCAACUCAGUUCAUUUUCUCAGCCACAGUGCGGAAAUAGGUUUCCUAUUGCCUUCUGCCUAGGAUCAAACCCAGGCCGUUUUCUUUGCUUCAGUAUACAGAAAUGGUCUUCUUGUUGCCUUCUGCCCAGGAUCUCUUGGUGGUCCCCCAUCCAAGCUUUAACCAGAUCCCCACUCCACCCCUGGCACUGCCAUCCAGUUGUGCAGACUCCCGAGCUGCUCAUCUUGGGAGCCAGUCCCCCGGCAGGGCGUCUUUUGUAUCUUUCAUAUCAGGGUAUGCCCUUGGGCACCGGCCUGAGUGCCCCCUCUGCCACAGAGACAAUUAAGGGGGCCUUAAGGAGGACCAGAGAUAAGAGAGGAGGGAAGCCAAGCGGGUCUGGUCCUCUUGGCCCGGGAAGGGAGCCCAGCACAGUUGCCCAUAGUUGAUCCCACUGGGAGACCCAGGGAAAGUUGGGGGGUAUGCAACUGGCCGCCCCUUGCCCGUUUCCACCCUGCCUUGAGCCGUAAACGCUGCCCGUGCCCUGGGUUCACCUGCUUUGCUAAAUCAUCCACCAAGCCAAGCCUGAACCUUCCAGUCCCCUUACAUGCUCUGCCCCACAUGCUCCUUUGCAGAUGCCGUAUUCAGUGCAGCGCAAUGCAAUGAGGCUGCCUUCACCUUAGGACGCCCCCUGGGAAGGGAUGCAGCAAGCCAAGAAAGGCGAAGGUGCGGGCAUGAGAAAGGGAGCAUCCGGGAACAUGGGGAAGAGACCAUCCCCGGGCUCUGGAAUGAGAGAGAAAAGUGGGACCCAGAAGAGGAAGACGUUCUCGCUGCCCUCGGGCUCUCCGACUUCGGCUGUUAAGUCACAGUCCCGGCCGAGUGAUCGACUUAAUCCCCAAACCAUUGAUCCGUUCAAUAUCCAGUCAAGAGUAUCUUCUCCCUUUGCAGCCAUUUAUUCUAAAGGGGGCAUCCCUUGCAGAUUAGUCCAUGGCUCUGUAAGGCACAAAUUGCAAUGGGAUUGUCACCCUGCAACACUUCAGUUUGAUCCUCUUCUUAUUAAUUUAGCAGAGGGGCUGAAAGAGACGAGGCACCCAUAUACAUUUAUAUCCCAGGAGGGCUUCAAAGAAUUGCUGUCGGUGGAAGGCGCUGCACAGAGAACUAUUCCAUUACUUCCUCGGCUUGUUCCAGUGUUAAAAGCUGCUUUGGCCCAUUCAGAUGAUGAAGUAUUUAGAAGAGGACUGAAUGCUUUGGUACAGUUGAGCGCUGUUGUUGGCUCUUGGCUUAAUGAUCAUCUGAAGCAUCUCCUUUCUAGUCUUUCCAAGAGACAGAUGAGCAAGAAGUUCAAAGAGCAAACUACUGAGGCUUUGCAAAAGCUGGAGCAGUAUGGUGGAAAAGAAAGUCUGACUAUUAUAAAGGCAAAAAUUCCAACUUAUUCUUCAAUUUCUUCCUAAAGAAUGUGAUGAAGAACCCUGCCUUGGAACUGUAUGGUGUUACUUAUUUUUCUAUGAUGUGUUGGUUUAUAAUCUUUCAGGGAAAGAAGUGAUUAAUAUUUAAAAUGUUAAGAAUAAAUGUGUUUUGGAUAUUUAAUUAUGAAAAAUGCUUAGAAAUGGUGUUGUCUUUGUUUUAGUCCUUUUGCAGGAAGUCCAGUCCAAUGUGUCUGGUUUGUUAAAAUUAUUAUGAAAUAGUAAUUCAAAAGAAAAUGUGCAUACUUUACUUGCUAGAUUUAACACUUACUGAAACCUAUGUGCAAUUUGAUUUUUACUAAAUUUAGGUGAUGAUGGGUGAGGACACUAAUUUUUUCAGUGCAGGUUAAGGUUCUAAAACUUCCUAUCUUAAAAAGACUUGAAAUUACUAAAGCUUGAAGGGAUUGUUUCUUGAUUGAUAUAUUUAUUAAAGCCACAGAGACCAUUUUAUUUUUAUACUGUUUCUUAAGGAAAGACCUCGUUUGGGUUUUAGAUUGGAAAACAUACAUAGUUUGUUCUGUUGAGAUGAAGACUUUUUUUCUCCCCGAGUCAGUAAUGGAGUCAAUACUUCCAUUGAGUCAGUAUUCAAUGCUCAGAAUACUUAGGUCUCUAUCAAACAGAGAUUUCAAGUAUUAAAGAAAGAUCGUUAAUUACACUAUAGCCUUCAAGUAUUAAACUUUAUAUAACAAAUACUUCCCACAAGUCCAUUAAAAAAAACCAGACCUUUCGUGUCUUCGUUUUUAUUAUAAAAUGUGCACAUUUAAUUUUCAUGAACAUUCUACAACAAAUUUCAGAUGUACAUGUAUUGUACUACUCUUACUCCUAUAGUGGUGGUGAUAGAGCAAAUUUCAGCUUGACUCUCUAGGCCCUCUUGCACCAGAAUAGAUGUCAUUUUUGAAGAAAGAAAGAAAAAAAGCUACAACAGUUUGCAGCAUUCUUGUACAUCUAUAAGCUCUCUGGAUCUUCAGUGCAGAAAUGUCACGAUUAAUGCUGGCAUAGUUCUUCUAUCAGUAGUUAUAGGCAUCUAGCCAGACAGUAAUUUAAUAAUAUUUUGACUACCUUGAGAAUUAGGAAUUUUUGUUGGCUACAGUCCAUCCUGUCUCCCCCCCCUUUUUUUUUUAAGGAAAGGGGAAAGCCAACUUCUACCUCUCUCAUCUCAGAUACUGUGCACUUGUAUUUUUUCCCUGGUCAGUUUUAAAGGCUGAGGCAAGUUUACUCUUAAUUUUAUUCACAUCAUUUUUCUGUCAAUUUUCUAUCGUUCACAGAACAUUCUCUUUCUGCUUUUCACACUAUGAAUCCUAGCAGUUGUAGCUCCUGAAAAAUCUACAGUUGCUUCUAAAUUGUUACGCUAAUAAACUUCCCAUCUUACUUGGGCUUUGAAACAAGAGGAAAAAAAAUCUCUCAUAUGCAUGAUGCUAGAUUGUUAUAAUUGUGUCCUGUCCCAUAUUUUGAGUGGUAUCUACUGGGGAUCUGAAUGAACUCUCUUGCUGGUUCCCUAUCAACUCUCUUGCUGGUUCCCUAUUCUGGCUUCAUCUUUAUUCCAAUCAAGAACCGGUAGUAUCAACUAAUUUUUACCUUUGAUUUGGAAGCCUAAGCUUUUAUGUAAACUGCUGCCUCAAUGUUCACUAUACCAGUAGUCUUGUCAAUAGAAUAAAUUUAUCACAGGCAAUGGUUAAAUAAUGUAAACCUUUUUUUCUAUAAAAAGAAUAUUCUGCUAUAAAAUGUGUAGACCAUGAAUUUAAAAGAGUAGUGGCAAGGAAUCUGAUAAUCCCCUCAGGAUAAACAAGGGAAGACUCUGUAUGAAGUUUAUUAUGGAGACAGAAGGGUUUGGUUUCAUGGGGAGAGCCUGGCUGCAUUUAAGUUGUCCCAUUUCUCACAGUGACCCAAUAUGAAGUCAGCAUAUGAGAAUGCUAAUAGGCUGCAUGAAGCUUCCAGCCACACAUGGGUGGAUUCUGCUUAAAAUGUCAUUGUCAAAAAUAAUCUUCAGUUGAGAAUUAUGUAGGAUGAUCUUCAUACAAUAGGGAGUGUGGAAUUAAACAGUUGAUAUUGUAGAAACUCAUCUAACAAACAGAUUGCCCUUUUCCACCACUCUAAGACCUCUGCUAUCAAAGUUGGAAUGACAAUAAUGCAUUUUCCCUAUUGCUGUUUUCUUUGGAUUGUUCUAUGAAUCAAAUGACAUUUUAAAAACAACUAUGAGAGCAUUGUUUAAUGACUUUGCUUUACCUCAGCUAGUGGAAAAAUACAGUCUCAGAAGGUAGGCUUUAAUUAAGCAAAGCUUAUUUGCAUUAUAGACAUCUCAGUGUAAAAGCUGACAAUCCUGUUUCAUAAGUGGCAACAUUUAUAGGUGUGUUGCUGCAGAAUUGUUCAUAUUCUCCACUGAUUG